AUGGUUGGCCUCACGUCGGCGGCCGGCCUGGUGGGCUAUCUCUCAGAGCCCGCUCCGGAGCUGCAAGUGUUUGCGCUGGAACAAUUGAACGAGGAGAUGGACAGUGUCUGGACUGAGGUAUCUGCAUCGAUCGGACAAAUACAUUCUGACAAAUAUGACUCAAACAGAGAGGCACUUUUCGAGGACGAACAAUUCCCGCAUCGACAACUUGCAGCUUUGGUGCUUUCCAAGGUCUACUACCAGCUCCAAGAGUAUGAUGAGUCGAUGGUCUUCGCCCUCGGAGCUGGCAAACACUUCGACCCGGAUGUUAGCGGAGAGUAUGAGGAAACGAUCGUAGCCAAAUGUGUCGACACAUACAUCGCUCUCUGCGCGCUGCACAAUCCUCCUACAGUGGCGUCCGUCGCUCGGCAGAAUUCCGAAACACCAGGUGUUGGCAAUGCGAGCAACGUUGCUACUUCUCCCACAACGCCAUUCUCGCAAUCAGCUGCUCCCUCGAAAUCAUUGCUGUCCCGUGAGGGUGAGAAGCAGUGGGACACAUCGGCUCCCGGCGGCGGUAAUGCAGGUGUUAUUGGUGCACACCCGCAGCCUCUGACCUUGCCGCUGCAAGUAAAGAAGAGUCUGCACGGCAUCAUUCGCCGCAUUUUCGAGCAUUGUUAUAGCAAUGGCGAUUAUAAACAGGUCGUCGGUAUCGCUGUGGAGGCUCGCAACAUAGAUGUUCUCCGAGAGGUCAUUCUCCGUUCAAGUCAAGACGAAAAGAGCAAGGGCAAGAAGGCAGCGGCAACUGCGGGUCAGACAGAGGACCUGAUGGAAUACGUCCUGGAUAUUUGCAUGAACGUAGUACAAGAGCGGGAGCUUCGCAAUGAGAUCUUGAGGUUGAUCCUCGAUCUGCUCAAUGAGAUCCCCAAUCCUGACUACUUUGCGAUUGCACGAUGUGUGGUCUAUCUCAACCAGGAGUCUAUGGCAUCCAACAUGCUCCGCAAGCUCGUGCAGAAGGGUGAUGGGAAGUCUCUGGCGAUCGCAUACCAGCUCUCCUUUGACCUAUAUGAGAAUGGCACCCAGGAGUUCCUGCAAAAGAUCAUGGACGAACUUCCCGAGGCAGAGUCAGAGAAGUCAGACGAUCCGCUCAAUGGUGGGGCAGCCCAGUCAGCGACAACACGACCGAAUACCAACGAGGACGCAGCCGAGUCAGAACAGUUGCUCACCGAGUUGAACGAUAGCGCAGGCGCACCGCACACCUCAACCAUUGUCACUUCUAGAACGAAGCCCAAGCCGGAGAGCGAUGACCAGCAAAAGGCGUUCACGUUGGUGCGAGAAAUCCUACGAGGCACCAAGACCAUCGAAUUUAACCUUGAGUUUCUUUACCGCGCAGCGCAUACCGAUCGCUCGAUCCUCAACAAGAUCCGGGACUCACUUGAGGCAAGAAACAGCAUAUUCCACGCCUCGUUGACCUUCGCUGUGUCAUUCAUGAACGCUGGAACGACCAUUGACGGCUUCUUCCGCGAGAACAUGGAUUGGCUGGGGCGAGCACACAACUGGAGCAAGUUCACUGCUACCGCAGCUUUGGGUGUCAUUCAUCGAGGCAAUCUCAGCAACGGCAAGAAAUUACUCAGCCCAUACCUGCCAAAAGAUAAUUCCACCACGGGCGCUGGCAGCACAUACAGUAUGGGAGGAUCACUAUACGCCCUGGGAUUGAUCUAUACCAACCACGGCACCCAUGUCCUUGACUACCUGCGUACCCAGUUCAAGGCCACACAAGAGGAGGUCAUCCAGCACGGCGGUGCUCUCGGAUUGGGUGUUGCUGGAAUGGCCACCGGAAAUGAGGAAAUCUACGAGGAACUCAAGACCGUCCUCUACACCGACUCCGCCAUCAACGGUGAAGCAGUGGGUUUGUCCAUUGGCUUGGUAAUGCUCGGCACUGGAAACCUUAGAGCACUCGACGACAUGCUGCAAUACGCCCGUGACACACAGCACGAGAAGAUUGUGCGUGGUCUCGCUCUUGGAAUGGCACUCAUCAUGUAUGGUCGACAAGAAGGUGCGGACGAGCUCAUUGGCGGUCUGCUCGAGGACGCCGACUCAGCACUUCGUUACGGUGGUGUCCUGACGGUCGCGCUUGCCUACUGUGGCAGCGGAAGCAAUAAGGCCGUUCGCCGACUCCUGCAUAUCGCGGUCUCUGACGUCAGCGACGACGUUCGAAGAGUGGCUGUGAUGAGCUUGGGCUUUGUACUUUUCCGGAAACCCGGAAGCGUCCCACGCAUGGUCGAACUCCUUGCCGAAAGCUAUAACCCGCACGUUCGAUACGGAGCGACCAUGGCUCUUGGUAUCGCAUGUGCCGGUACCGGACUGGACGACGCAGUCGACCUCUUGGAGCCCAUGAUGAAGGACUCUGUCGAUUUUGUCCGCCAAGGCGCGUUCAUCGCUUUGGCCAUGAUCAUGGUGCAACAGAAUGAUGCCAUGAAUCCUAAAGUCAGCUCGCUCCGCAAGCAGCUACAAAAGGCGAUUGGCGACAGGCACGAAGAUGCAAUGGCGAAGUUCGGUUGUGCAUUGGCACUAGGCAUCAUUGACGCAGGUGGACGAAACUGCACCAUCGGUCUCCAGACACAGACCGGCAAUCUGAACAUGGCUGCCAUUGUGGGCAUGGCUGUCUUUACACAGUACUGGUACUGGUUCCCGCUUACUCACUUCCUUGCCCUCUCCUUCACACCGACGUCAAUCAUCGGAGUCGACUCCGAUCUUGAGUUGCCGAGCUUCAAGUUCCACAGCAACACUCGGCCUUCCCUUUUCGACUAUCCUCCUGAAGCUGAGGUCAAGACCGAAGAAGCGCCCGUGAAGGUAGAGACGGCCGUGCUUUCGACCACUGCAGCGGCCAAACGCAGGAAGUUGGCCAAGGACCGACAGAACCGACGAGAGAGUAUGGACAUUGAUCCUGCUCCGUCAACACCCAAGGCCGAUGCGGGCGACGCUGACAAGAUGAACCUGGACGAGAGCGCUGUCGACACUGGCAAGAGUGGCGAGGAGAAGGAAAAGUCGACGGAGAAGGAAGUCAGUAAGAAGAAGGCGGAGAAGGUUGGCUACGAUGUGGAAAACAUGAGUCGGGUGCUACAACCUCAGAUCAAGUACAUCAGCUUCGCAUCCGAUGGGAGGUAUCAGCCAGUCAAGAAGCCAACCGGAGGAGUCAUCUUACUCCACGACACACGUCCUUCGGAGCCCAAGUCUCUCUUGGAGCUCAAAGCACGCAAGAAAGCAGCGCCCGCCGCUGCGCCCGGUGCUGCUGCCAACACCUCGACUACCGACACCAUCAUGGCUGAUCUAGGACUCAGCACCGUUUCUGGCGCUGCUGCAGCCGCAGGCGUGCUCACCGCCGUAGACGAGGACGAUGAUGACGAAGAGGCGCCCGUCCCUGAUGACUUCGAGAUGGACGAUGACGAAGAAGGGGAUGGAGACGAAUAA